UAGAGAAAUCAGAGGAACGGCGAAAGGUAUAUCGAGACGAGGCUGCGACGAUGACGGAGCUCAACGAUUGCCAAACAGUCACCGCCGAAUCCAUCGUCCUCCUCGCGCAGGACCCCUCCGCCACCCUUCGUCCGGCCGUCGAUCCCGCCGCUCUCGUGGCCCUUCUCGACUGCCCCUCCUCCACCGUCCCCGCCGCUGCCUACCUCAACGCCCUCCUCUCCCUCCUCUCCCGCUCCCCUCCCUCCCCCUCCCUCCUCUCCUCCCUCCUGCUUUCCUUCCUCCGCCUUUUCCUCUCCCGUCGCCUCCCCCGCGGCGAUGCCGCCCCCGUAUUCCGCCUCUUCGCCCCCCACCUCCCCUUCCUCGAACGCACCCACCUCCCCUCGCUCCUCGACCUCGUCGUUUCCGAUCUCUCCGCGGUCGCCGAACCCGACGACGCCCUGCCCCUGGACCUCCUCCCUCGCCUCCUCGACCUCGCUGAAGGCGAUGAACUCGUUGAUAAGAUGCUGGACAGGCUCCUGGCUGGUGAGUGGUCGAAAUCUUUGUUGCUGAAGAUAGUCGCUCUCCUCCGCGAGCUCCCGCGCAUCGGCAAAGCUAGGGUUUCCGAUUUUCUCGAGAAGAUCUUUUCGGGGAUGAAGGUGGUCGACCUCCAGGAUUUGCCGUCUCUUAUAUACCAACUUCUUCUGUUGGCUUCGAAGGGAAUCAAUAGAAGGGAGGUGAUCAGUGGAAUUCUAGGGUUCUUUGGAGGGUUCUCGAAGGGGCAGCCUUCGAUCCUGAGGCAGGUGGAAGGCACGGUUUUGAUGCACGUCAACUUCGCCGUGAAGCAGGACCCCUCAUUGGGACGGGAGGUGUUCACCAUCAUCCGAUCUGAUCUCCGGCUUAUCAACCACUUUGUGGUUGCGGUGCUGUUCUCUAUGGCCAGGGUGCGAAGAUUCAACGAUAGCUGCAUUGGUGUUCUCAAGAUGGUGGUUGUCACUUCUCACCGGGACUAUAAGACCUCACGGGAUUGCAAGUGGUUGCCAGAUAAUCUGAAAGAAGAAUGCCUGGAAACUGCUAAACGUGUAGAAAAAUCAUUUUUGAAAGCUGUCAAUGAGAGCAACAGUGGAAGGGAACAUAUUGUGCCUAGCAUUGUUCAAUUUGGAUUUGUUUUGCUAGAAUCAGUGGAUUGUGACGAUGGCAAACAAAGGGGUGAUUCUGCAGGUUUGAUGAGCAUUGAAGAGCUCAGUAUAAUGAUCUUGAUGACACUGUUUGAGGUCCAUGACAUAUCAAGAAAUGAGAUAAUUGAGCAGUGCAAAUUUCGACUUCUUUCUUUGAAGCCUCAGAAAGGCAUGCCGAUCAUUAAGUUGCUUGGUAAUUUGGUCCAGAGCUACCCUUAUCCCAUGCUAGAAUAUAUUGCACAUCUGAAGGAACUGCUGGACUACUUCACAUUUUUGCAAGAAAGAAUGGCAAUAGCUAUUAUUGAUGCCUUACUGCCACUUAUCAGAUUCAGUCACGAUCUCCAGGAUUAUAUUAUUUUGGUUGUUCGAAAGGCCAUGUUCAAACGAGAAGAGACUGCCCGAGUAGCAGCUACUGAUGCUGUAAUUAAUAUAAUUUCAAUGGAAAAUAGCUCUAAGAAAAAUGGCCUGAAGAGCUUUGAGGAAUCAUCUAGCCAAGCAAGCUGUAGCCAGCAAGGUGACAUACCCAGCAGGGUGGAGGGUUGUCUUUUUCAGGAGCUUAGUGGAUUGCUUAGGAGAUGUCUCUCCCAACAGGUUUUUUCCAUAGAGAAAUUUAUAUGGGCCAUCUUUUUUUUCCUACAUACAAUCUUAUACAUUAGUUAUAAUACGUUAGCUUGUUUUAGACAGGCUAGAGUUAAAGAGAUAUUGUAUGAGGGUCUCGUAAAACUUGUCAUGCUGGAACCGACCAUUACGAGCUCUAUCUUUGAUGUCCUCUGGCCUCAUUUCCUGCGAGUUUACCUAGAGGACAAAGAUUUUCCCCUUCAACUUGAUGCUUGUUUUAAGUUGGAGAGUGGAAAAGUUUGUGUAGUAGAACCUUUGGACCACCUAUUGUCAUGUGUCUCUUGGUUACUUCUUCUUCAAUCACAUGGUAAGUCUGAACAUCAAUCAGAAGAUUCGUGGCCAUGCUUUGGCUUCUCACUUUCACAAGAGAAUGAGGCUGGAAAGGCAACAUCCACAGAGUCAUUCUCAAAUGCAUUGUUUAAGAUCAGGAGAAACUUAAAGAACUGCAAGUUGCAAGGUCCUCAAGGCCAGAGAGAAGACUCUAGUUGUCAUUCUUUGCAGAAAGAGAAAAAUAGUUGUCAUUGGCAAAUACUGCUUCGAAUUGUUGAGGUAUUUGUCAAUAUUAUUGUUAUGGAGAUUGAGAAAGCAGAAGGGGAAAAUAAGCUGCUGCUCGAGAAAGAACUUAUAGAAUUUGCUGAAUUACAUAAUAAUCUUGAAAAGGACUCAAGCAUGAACAAACAAAGGACUGACAGUCGGAAAGGGACUUCAAAAGAACUCUCGAAUAAGAUCAAUGGCGAGCUACAAGAGUAUGCACAAGUAAACCAAUCAAGAACCUUCUUAGCUACCUCAACCAUCCACUAUCUACUGCUUACAGCCAUUGAAUCAUACAACUUUAAUUUUCCCAAUAGAUCCAUCGCUUCUCAGAAUAACAGGGAAUCAUCAUCGUCCAUAAUAGAUCUUUGUUUGAAGAUGAUGCUGUUUGUCUUAAAAGUGUGUCUUCGCCAUCUUAAAUUUGUUGGUUCAAUAAGAAGUGGAACAAGUGGUGAUCCUUUCAGAAGACUGUUGUGUGGAGAUAUCAGACUUCUAGGGAAACCAGUAAUGCAGCUCGUAUGGCUGCUCAAGUCAGUACUGGAAAAAGACAAGGAUCGAAGAAAGAAAGAUGCCAAUGGGAAGAUGAACAGAGAAAACAUUGACCCAUUAUUUUUGUCCUUAUUAUGCUUGAAUGAGUUGUUCAAGAUGAAUUUUUCUGGGGCUGAGCUGUCUGAACUUGUUAAUGACUUGCUUUCUCUGGCUGCACCAGAGUUGGAUCUAGAAACUGGAAGGAAUGCUGAUCCGGGCAUUAACGAAGAGAAAAGCUUUCUGAACAACUAUCAACAUUUGAGAUUUUUACAUUUGUUUUUAGAAAAAAGAAUAGAACCAUUAUAUUCCUCACUGAUAGAUCUUUCACUAUUCCGUGAAUCUGAGGUGCUAGCUGAAUUAUUAUUGAUUGUUGGGAACAAAUUGCCACCUGCACAAAGGAAUUCUCAUGGAAACUGGGCUGUGAGUGUAUGUCAGAGCAAAAAAGUAGAAAAUUCUAGUGCAGCACAGAAUGUACUGUUACUUGUGAUUCAUCUUCUACCAGCUCCAACUGACCUAAUUGUUGCAUGUGACAUGGCCUCCGAGCUGCUGAAAGUUAUGGGUUCUGAAGAUAAAGAUCCAGAACAUAGAUCUGUGAAGUAUCCUGUUAUUAAUCAGUCAACAAGAAAUGCAAUUGCUACUAUAAUUCUACGAGUGGCUGAAUCUUGUAUUGUUGACUUGGAGUGGGCUGUAUCAAAAGUGAAGGCAAUUUCUGCAUGCAAUCAUGUACAACCCGAUCUGAGAAAGAACCUUCAAUUUGCUGAAAAUUUACAUGGACCCUAUUUGCAAGAAGUGCUCUAUUCCAGAUCAGAAUCACUGGUGUAUCUGUUAUCUUCAUUUGUAGAGAUGAAACUUACGGACUCUCAAGCAGAACAGUUACUGAAGAUAACUACAAGGGUUUACAAGCUUUUGGCUCCUAUGACAAAGCUUCAGAUUGCUUCAAAAGGUUCCAAACAAUUUUUACCUAGUUUAAAGUUUCAGAAGCUAGCAGAAGUAACAUGUAUAAAGCUCACCAGUCCCCUGUACAGCUUCGUGGCUCUUGUUCAAAGGAACCAGAAUGCUCAGCAUAAGGGAAUCAUCAGCAAGAUCAAAAGGGAGAAUAGAUGCAUUCCGGAUCUGAUAUUCCAAAUUGAAAACUAUGAGAAAUAUCUCAUUCAGCUCAGCAAGUCAAGUAAUGUUAAUUUGUUGAGAUAUGCCAAGCGCAGUAUUGCAAGGGAUUUUAAAAUUUUGGAGACAAAAAAGGUUGUGGUGGGGGAAGAGACAACAGAACACGAGCAUACUCUGUCCGGUUCUACUUCUGAGAAUGGAUCUAGUGGGGAAUCUGAGGGCCCAGAUGAGGAGAAUAUAUCUGAGAAGACUGCUUCUGCUGAGCCUAACGGAAAUAUCACUGAUGUGGACUCUGAAAACGAUAUGAAUAAUCAAGAGAUGUUGAUAAGAAAGAAGAGAACCAAACGGAGUAAGGUUGUCGAAGAUUCAGAUGAGGAAGCAUGAGGAUUACGUACAUAGGCCUACUAUGCUUUUCCAAGUCAUAUAUUCUCAAACUUUCAGUCCUCUCGAAGAUCCUGAGUUGAGAAUCUAACUUGAUAAAUGGACAACUAAAAGAGCAAGAUUGGAACUUUCAACUAUGGAUAAGUAUUAUGAAUUUUUCUGUCAGAAAACAAGUUGUCUCUCUCUAAUAUUUUGAACUUUUUCCAAUGAUCGUCUAUGACAUGUAAUCACUCUGCAAUAUGGUUGUAUCACAUUCCACUCUGCUUCUGUGUUGUUUCGUGUUGGUACUUCACCAUUUACUCUUGGAUUCAUGGAUUCUAGUCCUCG